AUGAGAAAUCAGUUUAAAAUAUUUUGUAUCAUCGUCUUUCCACUUACAUUUUUGCUCUACUACGGAAGUUUUAAAUAUUUGAGAGAAAAUCAAGCAAAUCAAGUUAGAGAUGAUCAUUACAGAAGAAAUAUCGCCGAUCAGAAUAAAAUAUCAGACGAUUUAUCAUUUAUUAAAAACGAGCUGAUCAAAAUAAAAGAAGCACAAAACAUCCACCCGAAGCAAAAAGCAAAAGAAAAUCAACUAAACCCGGUCGAGGACGAACAAACAGUUGUCGAGAAAAUUGUCGAGAAAAAAAUUUUCAUUUACGAUGAACACCCUCAUAAACCAUGGAAGAAUCAACAGCUCAACGAAUAUAUUGGCGAAUUUGGAAGGACGGAUUCAAAUUUCUGCCAGAAAAAGGAGCACAUCUACUUUUUGAAAACGUCCAAAACUGGAGGAACCACCUUUGCAAAUAUCUUGCAACGAUUUGGAUACAGAAGGCCCGGAACAAAUUUUCUCAUGGGUGAAUGUGGCAAUGGAGCGAUGUUCUUCGCGAACGGCGAGUUACCAUUUAACCUCGAUGUAUGCUUUGUCGGUCGAGAUUUCAAGCAAAGACCAAAGUUCGAUCUCAGUUUUGUGCACAUGAAGUACAAUCGCACCGCUGUGGAUGAAUUAAUGCAGCCAGAUACGUUCAAAGUGUCGAUUUUGCGCGACCCGGUUGAAAAUUUUAUCUCUUCUUGGAGAUAUUACAAUGGGCUUAUUAAAGACUUGAGAGGCAAAGUUAUGAAUGAUGUUCCAGUUGACAAAAGACCAGCGGAAGGGGAAGAUCCUGACUAUUUUCUUGAAAUCGAACAGUUCUUGACGAAGCCCGCUGACUACCUCGAAGACUACGCGUACUCUCAUGCUGGUCAUCUGAUGGUGAUGAAUCCGCAGCUGAUAUUCUUCGGUGUUCCUUCUUAUCUAUUAAAAAUGAACUAUCAAUUUGGCCAUCAACUUGUCGACACUUGGCUGCAUAACAUUGCCGAUGAUUUCGACCAUAUUCUGAUCUUGGAAGACAUUGACCGGUCGUUGGCGAUUUUGAUGCUCAAACUUUGCUGGUCCAUUGAAGAUGUCGCUCAUCUCAAGUUAAAUUCAAUGAAGAAAAACGACCAAAAACUAAGUGCUGGAAGCAACAAACGACUUCGCGACUUCAACUGGGGCGAUGUCCGAUUAUACAAUUAUUUCAAAUCGAUUCAUGAUCGACAGAUAAAAGAAAUCGGGGAAGACCGAAUCAACGAAAUCGCAAAGCGUAUCGAAGCAAGAGCAAAUCAAAUUUCUGAUGAAUGCCUCGAAACGGUCAAAUCUGGAGACACGUGGAUUCAAACGCUGAAAUUGAAAGAAGAAAAGAGGAAAAAUCAAACUUGUUUUAUGAUGACGAAAGACAUGGGGCCGUAUAUUCACGAAGACCAGGUGACGAGAUGGAAGCAGGAAUAUCCGACCUGGAGAAUGCCGGAAAAGGACCUCGAAAAAAUGCAGUUCAAAGGAAGUCAGACGCCGGAUUUCUGCUCGAAAGACAAAUUCGCCGAAUUUCUAACAAAGCGAGAGAAAAACUACAGGGCAUUUCUCAACUGGGAAACGAACGAGUACGACUUUUUGCCAACGCCGCCUAAAUACCUAGACGAGUUUCGCAAACCAACAGGAAAAGAAGAGUUUUUCCGAAUUUUAAAUUGA